UGUUUUUCACCAGAAGCAGAACAAAACGGUUUCCGAGCAGAGUUCAGAUCAUAUGUCAACUUAAAAAUGAUGAGUGGACAUUUUCACCCAGAGAUGGAGGAGGAGGAGGAGGAGGAAGGCAGUUCUGCUUCCACUGCUUGUUCCUGAAGCGACAGACAGAAGACUGGAUCCGAGUUCAGGUCCAGCUCUGUGGACAUCCGCCCAUCACCAUGGAUACAGACUACCGUUAUGAAAAUGAGAUAGACCCCACCCACCUCUGGACCAAAGAGACCCCACCGGUCCCUGUCCCAGGUGUGUCCAGGUUCAGACGCUGGUUGUUUCCUGGGCUGAUGGCUGCAGUCCUCCUCAUCAUCAUCAUCGUGCUGGGGGCCACCAAUGUUCGGACGUCCAGCCGCCUGGGGUCUGCAGAGCAGAGAGUUUCCCACCUGAUCGACGCCAUCCAGACCCUGAACGCCUCACUGCAGCACGUUCACGAGACAGCUGAAGACGUCCAGCGGCUGCAGUUUGCUGUGCAGAACAACAAGGACCAGCUGAUCUCAGCUCUGGACGCCUUGAAGAGUCUGGACAAGGUGGAGUCUCUGAGCCAGAGCGUCGCUGCCAUCACGUGUUCCCUCCAACACAUCAUCAACAACAGCUCGUCUCCGGGACAUUGUUGUCCUCUGCAGUGGACUCUGUUCGGUUCUGACUGUUACUUCUUCAGUGUGGACUCUCUGUCCUGGAACGAGUCCAGAAUCUGGUGCGAGCAGCAGAAUUCUCACCUGGUCAUCCUGCACACCGACAAGGAGUGGGACUUUGUGACCCGGCGUUCGGUUCCUAACUUUUACUGGGUGGGCUUGUCUGACUGGAGGACGGGGAAGUGGGAGUGGGUGAACCAGACACCGUACACGCUGGAGCGCAGGCGGUGGGCACCCGGGCAGCCCGACAACUGGAGCGUCUACGGUCACGGUACCGAAGACUGCGCUCAUCUCCAUGACAACGGACACCUUAACGACAUGUUCUGCACCAUGAAGGUACGCUUCAUCUGUCAGAAGCACAGUGUGCACACCUGAACACACCUGCCACAGACUCCGCCCACAAAGAGUCAGGUCCUGACCCUGCUGUUGACCCAAACCAGAGCACCUGAAGACUCCACCAGUGCCCACCUGCAGUCCAACCCAGAGGACGUCAAAACCAUUUAAAUGUCUGUAAACGUUUGUAAUGUGAUAUAAACAGAGGCAGAAAUAAAUAAAAGA